AUGACUCAUCCAACAACAACUUCGAAAAUAUCAUUUCCACCGAUUGUUGUUAAAUUUAUUGGUGAACAACAAACUUCGAUCAAGGAAAUAACGGACGAUCUUAUAUCGAAGUGGAAAAAUCAACAUGGAAUUGAUUUAACCAUAACUGCACGUUUUGGUUAUUUGCAUUCUCUUCUUAUCUUUUCCGAUGACUCAUCAACUUUUGAAUCAUUAUUAGAUCCAAAUCGGUGGCCAAAAGCAUUAAAAGAAGUAGAUAUUGAAGUAAAAGUUCCUCGACAACUUCCACCUGCAUAUUCACUUAUCAUUCAACAAUUUCAUCGCAAUUGGAAUGAAGAUGAAUGGCUCAUUGAAUUACAACAACGUUAUGUCUCUUUAUAUAAAAUUACAAGAAUGCGGGUAAAAGAUGGGUCGCCAUUAAAUGCAGUUCGAGCCGAUUUUAAAUCUAUCGAAGAAGUUAAAACUCUUAUUCGAUCAGGAAAAAUUAAUGUUGGUAGUAUGAUUCAUCCGGUUAAACCUUAUCAUUUACCAAUACGUGUGAAUAAAUGUUUAAAAUGCUUAAAACAUGAUCAUACAACAAGGUCCUGCACUCGUCGUCGUUUAUGUCCAAGAUGUGCUGAAGAACAUUCUCUUGAGCAUGGUUGCCCGAAUCAAGAAAGGUGUAUCAAUUGUGGUGGUGAUCACAUAUCUGGUCACUCGGCUUGUCCAAUUGUACAAGAAAAACGUCGAGUUCUUGUAGAACAAUCAAAAAGACAAAGGGCCGAACUGUUAGUGCUUGCUGAACGUCAACAGCAUCGAUAUGAUUGUCAUGAACGUGAAUAUCCAACAUUAGGCAAUGAUAACCUUCAACCUCCUUCUUCUCAAAUGCCACAUCAAACCGCGGAAUCUUCUCAAAAAUCAUAUGCUGAAAUGGCCAAGCAGCAACGUAAACAAGGUCCUCAACAAAAUAUUGAAUAUACUUUAUCAUCAUUCUUAAACAAGAUGGAACGACGCUUAGAUGAUUUCUCUUUUCGUCUGUCAUCACAACUUUGUGAAAUCGAAAAGAAAAUAAAUGUUUAUUCUGAUCGGCAAAAGGAAAUAGAAAAGACUAUUAAUGAAAUUAUUCUUCCAUCAAUUCAAGUGUUAGGCCGUAUUUCAUCACAAUCACCCAAAAAACGAAAUAAUCAAGAAGAGUUUAAAAAAUUAAAUAAUAAAAUGAAUGAUAUAUUGAUGAACUAUAAGCACCAGUUUAAUAGUUACAAAUACACCGAAUUAACAGACAAAUUAUUACCUUUAAUGCAUGAUCUUUCCGAUCAUCAAAAACAAAUCGGGAUUGAAACAUUGCAUGAUUGUUGCUGGACCUGGAGUAUUCAAGAACUUUCUAGUUAUUGGCAACAGCAAUAUCGUCAACCUGAAAUUUCAUUUAAAUGCAUGUCAUUGUUACAUUAUAAUAUUCGUCAUUUUUAUUCAAAUCAAGCCGAGCUUAUUGAUAUGGUAAACGUCUUUUCUCCAAAUAUAAUCUCUCUCAACGAACUUGGUACCACCAUCCCAAAGAAAAUAAUCAAUCAACUUCUCUUCUCCUACAAUGUUUUUUUCAAAGAAGGUACUAAUUCACAUGGUGGUGUUGUACUUGCAAUUGACAAAAGAUUAUCAUGUCAGCAAAUAGAAACUAAUGAACCGAAUCUAAUUGCUGUUCGAAUUAGAAUAGAUGAUCAACAAUUUGUUGUCGCAAGUAUCUAUUCACCGCCUACUGAACAAUUACCUUUGACUACGAUGACCAAGUUAGUAAAUGAAGCGAAGAACGUUAUCAUUGCAGGAGAUCUAAAUGCCAAACAUCCUGACUGGGGCUGUCCGCAGGUGAACACUAAGGGUCGGGAGUUGGCUAAUUGGCUCAUACAACAUAAUUUAAAUGUACUUAAUGGUGGUAUUAAAUCAUCUCUACGUUCCAACACAACAAUUGAUCUUGUUAUAUCUGGUGAAAUUCCUGAAGCUUCUGAAAGCAAAUCUUUAUCUUAUACAGGUAGUGAUCACCUACCUAUACUCACGAAAUUCUUCCGGCUCAAUGUAUUAAUGGACAAACAUGUAGUACCUCGAACUUAUUGGAAAAUCUACUCAUCAAUUCUAACAGUUCUUAUUGAUCAAUUUAAAGUCGAGCAAGAAAAUUCUUCGAACAGCGCCAACAACGCACACAAAUGGUUUCUUAUACUUGAACAAUUCUUGGCUGCUCUUAAACUUCGAGUAACAAUAUGGAAAGAAGUCAAACGAAAACGGCCAUCUAUCUCACCAUCACUGCAAGUACUGCUUCGACACAAACAUUAUUUACAAAAUCGUUAUCGACAUUCAAGAUUGGAAGAAGAUCGAUUAAGAUUACGGUCUUGGAAUGUAAUUGUUAAACAAGAAUUUCAAGCACUUAAACAACGAAGUUGGGAACAAUUUAUAUCAAAUGUUGCCUCUCCAAAUCCAUCAUCAUUCUGGCGAACAGUGAAAAAGUUGAAUAAAAAGAAAUCAGUUGACUUUUCGGCCUUAACAGAAGCAAAUAUAACACAUAGAUCUCCGGUGGAUAUUGUUAAGUGCCUAAGUCACCACUUUACUGAACGUCAUGCACUUUCAUCAUUGAAUAUGACAAAUAUACUUGAUAAAGAAGCUGAUGAAUUAUGGAAAUUAUUUAGUUUAGCUGAUACAGAUGAUAUUAAAUUAUUACUUAUUCAAUCAGAUCUUCAAUUUAUUCAUAUGUAUGUAUGUGUAUAUUACGUUCGACGACAGUUGGAUGGAAGAACGAAACAAUUUUGGGCGAAAUCAAUGCUAAUAUGA